UGAAAUGAAAGUUGUGUGUCGAGCAAGGAUUACACAAUGAAGAAUGGGCGCGUGCCAGAGCAAACCAUGUGAUUUCAUAAAACGCAUAAUCAUGACCAACAAUAGCUCAAGAAUCUGUGCUGAGGCACAGUCCGAGACGUCUUUGGGACAACCGCGCGUUCUGCUUUACCCUUUCCGUUGCGAAAGACGGCAGAAAGGACUUACUCCAUACAGGCUUAAAUUCCGCUACAAAUUAGCUUUAUACUGGACGACUUCGAAAUGAAAGACAGGAAGUAUUUAGUAUGAAAUUAAAAUGAAGAAAAAAAAACGAACGAAUAAAAGAGAAUGAAUGAAAAAAAGCACCGACAGCUAUUUUAGGUCACUGCAUUGCCUGUAGCCUGCCAUCAUAACCGGGAACAGCGCACGGUGUUUAGAUAUGAUAUGGCACCUUUAAAUGUGUGCCCGUCUCAUCUCAUCCUCAAAAUAGACACUAUUCGGCAUUAGUGCGUCUUUGUUCGUCUCUCCAGUGGUCUGAAUAGAAGUGACAGUAUGGAAACAAUGGAUUUCGGUGAUUAAAAAGCCCUCUGUGGAUCGGUCCUUCCAUGCGCCGGAGGGGGUCUUGAGCACCUCGGAUAUUUUGCAAAGGGAAUAUAACGGCGGAGAAGAUGCUCACUUACCUUUCCUGACAAAAAGUUCCACUUUCAUUUUAUCUGGAUUCUUUACACUCCGGAGAGAUACUUGUAUCUUACUAUCUUAUUCAGUCAACAUGCUACCUUUGCAUUGUGAAUGGAUUUUCGACAGAACUAUUGUAUCCCCAACGUGGAGACGCUUUAAAUGAAACCGUCGAAAAUAGUUGGACGAGUUCAGUGGAAAUAACCUAAAGAUUGUUUUAAAGCGUUACAUCUACAGGAAACAAGAAGUCCCGACAGAAGUCACACAACCGCAAGGAUGCCUGGAGUACUGUCGCCAGCCCAAGCGCUCUAUAUCGGAAUGGAGGUGGUGAUAGCCGUCUCCUCCGUUAUGGGCAAUGUGAUGGUGGUUUGGGCGGUUAAAAUUAAUCGUUCACUUAGAGACACAACAUUUUGCUUCAUCGUCUCUUUGGCUCUGGCUGAUAUCGCCGUCGGGGCACUCGUUAUACCUUUGGCCAUCACCAUCAGCAUUGGACUCCAGACGCACUUCUAUAGCUGCCUGCUCGUGGCUUGCACAGUGCUGGUGCUGACGCAAAGUUCUAUCCUCGCACUGCUGGCGAUUGCUAUUGACCGCUACCUAAGGGUCAAGAUCCCUACCAGCUACAAGAGGGUGGUGACGCCCCGGCGUGCAGGGGCGGCAGUGGUGGCGUGCUGGGCGGUGGCUUUCGUGGUGGGCCUCACACCUAUGCUGGGCUGGAACAACCUGCAGAAGCUGCAGGAGAACGGCUCCAUCGGGCCGGACCUGGUCAUCACCUGCCAGUUCGAGACCGUCAUCAGCAUGGAGUACAUGGUCUACUUCAACUUCUUUGGCUGGGUCCUGCCCCCGCUGGUGCUCAUGCUGCUCAUCUACACCGAGAUCUUCUACAUGAUCCACAGGCAGCUCAACAAGAAGGUGACGGCCAGCAACGCUGACCCCAGCAAGUACUACGACAAGGAGCUGAAGCUGGCCAAGUCGCUGGCCCUGGUGCUCUUCCUGUUCGCCGUCAGCUGGCUCCCUCUUCACAUCCUCAACUGCAUCACGCUCUUCUGCCCAUCCUGCGAGAAGCCCAUGUUCCUCAUCUACAUCGCCAUUCUGCUCACCCACGGGAACUCGGCCGUCAACCCCAUCAUCUACGCCUUCCGCAUCAAGAAGUUCCGCACUGCCUUCCUCAAGAUCUGGAAGCAGUACUUCUGCUGCAAAGACGUGCCCCUCCCCACCAGCCAGCCCAGCGAGCGCAUGGACAAUCACGAGGACCCACAGCAGCAGCAGCAGGAGCAGAAUGCCAUCUGACCCACCUGACCCCCUGAGCAGUGGGAGGGAGGAGAAGCCAAGCAGGAUGUGAAUGUGUGUUGCCAGCCCACAUUUACCUGUGCUAUACUGAAUGUAGCCUCCGGCAGAAUCCGUGAGCAACUGUUGACAGUCAUAAUAUUGUGGAACACCUGUGGCUGCUAUAUCCGGCCCCGUCUGAUUGGUUAAUGGACUGUGAUGUCACAAAUGCACACUUGAGAGGAGUAUUUGGGGCACAAAAAAGGACAGAAGUGAGUAUGAAGAUCCAUGAAGAUACAUCACCCUGCUAAGACUAUCCUAGGCAACUGGUCUGAUGGAAGGCUACAAAACUACAAGAAAACAGUGUUAAAAAAUGAAGCUUAAAAAAGAAUCAGAUAAAAAGUCAGAUUUGUUCCUUGCAUUUCCUUUUCAUUUUUGACACAGGAAAUGUGUUGAAUGUCGAGUUUAUCUCAGAUUUUCUAAGUAUUUUAAGAAUCAGGGCUACAACUGAUGUUAUGAAGAUUUAAAAGCUACAAUAUUUCAGCUGUGAACACUUUUUUUUCAGAAUCCUGCGAACUUAACAUAAUGCCCCGGGCCUUAACCUGCAGCUGCAGGAGGCCUUCAUGCUGACGAGGGAAGUUCAGUAAUCCCUCAAUCGAAUUCCACUUUCCUGCUGAGCCCCGCGCCCUGUUUGUGCUGACCCAGCCCAGGGGGAUCGGCGCACGAUAAGAGCAGGUCUCUGGAGGCACUACGCUCCAGCCUGGCUGGAGACACACUUAAGAAUGUCCCCACGUGCGCCCGAUACAUCCUCGAGACAGGAGGUGACAGAUGGGCGGACCCCGGGGGUUAAGAUGGCAAAAAAGUUAUUUCAGACACACACAUCCGUCUCUUUAGGUGGAGGGACAGAAUGAGAGAAGCACAUUUGGUAUCUUGCCUGUGGGAAAUCUGUUGGAAAGUGGCAGUCAGGAGCAUGAAGCCCACAGCCUUAAUCAGCAGUUGCUUGAUGUGGGCUGGCUGUUUGGGCUCCUGCUGUCAGUGUACAGACACAGGAAUGACUGGAUUCCAGGCACU